AUGAGCUCCUCGGAUCAACCGCUCCGCCAAUCGGGCAUUUAUCGCAACCUACCAUCAUGGGACUCAUCUGUUCAGAACCUAACAGCCGUUGUGUGUGGUGCUACUGGUAUCUCGGGGUUUCACGCCAUCCGAGCACUUCUCGACACACCAGACCGCUGGUCUAAAGUCUACGCACUCUCGCGCAGCCCAUUGUCCAAAGAAAUGCUUGCUUUCUUCACGGAACAACAACUCGGCCGUCUUGAGCAUGUCUCCAUAGACCUGAGCUCUUCCGCUGAUCAAAUUGCCAAAGCCUUCAAAGACGCCGGCGUGGAAGCUGAUUACAUCUUCUAUUACGCCUACCUUCCCCCAAAAACCGAAAAGAGCGCCAUGGAUCCCAGCACAGCAGAAGAUCUUCUCGAGUCUAACAUCCCGCCCUUCAAAAACUUCCUCGCCUCCUUGCCUUUAGCAGGCCUCAAACCCAAACGCAUCCUUCUGCAAACUGGCGGUAAAAACUAUGGUAUGCACAUCGGCCGUGCGCGCACACCAGCCGUGGAAUCAGAUCCAGAGCCUAGACAUCUUAGCCCCAACUUCUACUAUCCUCAAGAAGAUCUGCUGCGCGAGUACUGCGAGACUCAUCCUGAGACAGGCUGGAACAUCGUGAUGCCAGUCGCAAUAAUCGGCGCAACGCAAUACGCAUCCAUGAACACCUUCGUUUCAUUCGCCGCCUACGCAGCCGUCCAAGCCCAUCGAAAACAACCCCUGAACUUCGGCUCCGGAUGGCGCAGCUGGCAAUUCGACUCUACCAACAGCACUGCGCGCCUGACGGGCUACUUGAGCGAAUGGGCUGUCCUCGAGGAGAAGUGCAAGAACCAGAAAUUCAACAGCCAGGAUGGUGGAUUGAUGAGCUUCGACCGCUUCUUUGAAGAAUUGGCACGUUGGUUUGGCGUCGAGGUCGUUAAUGGUCCUGUCGAUGAUGAGGCAAAGUACACCAAUAUGAAACUCACGGGCGGGAAAGAUGCGCCGAUAGGUUAUGGCCCGCCACUCGUUCAUCAGCAGUCCUUUACACUCGCGCAGUGGGCGCAAGAACCCGGAGUCAAAGAAGCGUGGGAGCAGAUCAUGAAGGAGUCGAAUGGACAGCUGAAGACAAAUGUGUUUGAAGGGAACGCGCGGGAUUCGGUCAUGAUGGGAGACUUUACGUAUUUGCCGUUUGGCACGCUGAGUAUGAAUAAGGUGAGAAGGUUUGGGUUUAGUGGGUUCGUGGAUACGGUGGAGAGUGUGUUUGAGACGUAUCAGGAGAUGGCUGAGUUGGGCAUGUUGCCGAAAAUGAAGGUGGAUGCUGCGAGGCCUUUGAUCUGA